AGGAACUGCGACAACCCCCCGCCGCAAUGUGGGGGGAGGGACUGCGAGGGGCCGCGAUAGAGAUCACCAACUGCUCGCGGAAUGGCGGCUGGACACCCUGGUCCUCGUGGGCGCAGUGCAGUACCUCCUGCGGUAUCGGAUUUCAGGUGCGGCAGAGGACGUGCAGCAACCCGGCUCCGCGGUUCGGAGGGAGAGUGUGCGUGGGGCAGAGCAGAGAGGAGCGUUUCUGCAACGAGAACAAUCCCUGCCCGGUCCCCAUCUUCUGGUCCUCUUGGGGUUCAUGGAGUAAGUGCAGCGUGGACUGCGGAGGCGGGAUGCACACCAGACAGCGGACCUGCGAGAACGGGAACACCUGCCCCGGCUGUGCCCAGGAAUUCAGGACGUGUAACCCUGAAGCUUGUCCUGAGGUACGGAGGAACACACCCUGGACGCCCUGGAUGCCCGUCAACAUGACGCAGAGCGGAGCGCGCCAGGAACAGCGUUUUCGUUAUACCUGCAGGGCGCAACUGCCGGACCCCCAUAUCCUGCAGUUCGGGAGGAAGAAGAUCGAGACCCGGUUCUGUGCGAACGACGGCUCGCUGGCCUGCGAGACGGACUCUCUGGUAGAUGAUCUCAUGCGGAAUGGCAAGAUUCCGGCUCGUAUAAUCAGCGGUGGUUGGAGCCCAUGGGGAGCCUGGUCCAUCUGUUCCCGAGAGUGCGAAUUGGGGUUCCGAUCCAGAAAAAGGUUCUGCAAUAAUCCCGAACCUCGGAAUGGAGGACUUCCCUGCUCUGGAUCCGCCAUCGAGUUCCAGGACUGCAACCCCCAACCCUGCCCAGUGAAGGGUUCCUGGUCCUGCUGGUCAUCC